AUGUGUGCAUCAUCAUCUUAUACAUAUAAUAAACCUAAACGAAGAAUAUUACCAACAGUAUUAAAUUUUAUGGAUAAUUCUCGUAUGAUAUCAAAUAAUUAUAAUAAAUAUAAUAAAUCAUCAACAGAUAUUUUCGAUAUAUUACGACGAGCUGUUAAUGAACGACGACGUAUUGAGGUCUUGACACGUGAUUGUCGAGGUAUAUAUGGAAUUCUUAUUGGAUGGUUGAUUGUUUUUGAUAAACAUAUGAAUUUAAUUAUGUCUGAUGUGGAUGAAGUAUUUCGACGAUUAACUGAUGGUCAUGAUUAUCUUGAAUUAGGUCCAAAAACACAAGAUAUCCCAUUGAAUAAACCUGAUACACCACCAAUUUCGAAAACUCCCGAAGUAACAAAUGAUUUUCAAACAUUUCGAGCUCAAUUAGCAAAUUUUUUACGAAAUAAAAAAAACCCACCAGUUACAGCUAAACCACCACGACAAAUAUUUAGAGAUGAAGAUGAAGAAGAAGAAGAUGAUGAGAGUGAAUAUCAACAACAAACAUGUGAAUGUCAUCCCGAACAAUUCUUAUCAAUGGAAUUAUUAAGUAUCAAUAAUUUAAUUGUACAACGUCUUAGUGGUAAAACACAACAUGUUGAUUCAUCGCCACCGCAAACAUCAACAUCAUUACCAAUAUCAAAACGAGCUAAAGUCCGAUUCUUUUCUCGACAUAUACCCAAAAUAUUUAUUAAAGGCAAUCAAAUAUGUCUUAUUCGUCUCUUAUCUUCUUGA